AUGGCAGUUGCCUCCCAAUUCACUCAUGAUCAGUCCAAUGACGGGCUCGAAAUCAUACGCCCAUCUCUCACCCAGGAUGAGCUAGAGGACAUCCCCGGCACUCGCCGCCUGUUCGACAGCGAGGGCCACACCCUCUUGUCCCUCAGCGGCGAUGCCUCCUCGCUCAAGAAACAUGGGGACAUCGUCCUCGUCCCGCAGCCCACCGACUCGCCCAAUGACCCCCUGCAAUGGAGCAUGGCGCGCAAGAUCUGGCACACGGCCCUCGUGUGCUUCGUCACCGCCCUGACCGCCGCCACGUCCAACGACGCCGGCUCCGCCUCCGAGGGCUUCAACGAGGAGCUGGGCAUCGACUACUCCUACUUCAACACGGGCGCCGGCGUCCUCUUCAUCGGCAUCGGCUACUGGGCGCUGCUGUCCUCGCCCGCCGUCCACCUGUACGGCCGCAGGCUGCUCUACCUCGUCUCCAUGAUCUUUGGGCUCAUCGGCAGCGUCUGGUUCGGUGCCGCCAAGAGCGCCGACGACACCAUCUGGAGCCAGCUGUUCGUCGGCGCCUCUGAGGCCGUCGCAGAGGCCGUCGUCCAGCUCAGCCUCAUGGACCUGUGGUUCGAGCACCAGGCCGGUGCCGCCAUCGGUGUUUACGUCCUGGCCACCAGUGUGGGUACCUACAUGGGCUCCCUGAUCGCGAGCUACGUGUCUGAGAGCUUCCUUGGCUUCCGCUGGGUCGGCUACAUGGGCGCCGCCUUCUCGGGCGGCACGUUCUUGCUUCUGUUCUUUGGCCUGGAGGAGACGGGCUUCGACCGCGCGGGUUACACGACCAUGCACGGGCUCAACCUCACGGAGCGGGUCGGCCACCUCGCCGCGGAUGAAAAGGUCGCAGGUGUGGGCGAGAAGAAGCCCGGGGCGGCUGCGGACGGUGGUGUCUCGGGGACCGCCACCCCCCUGGCGGGCACCGACCUGGAGCGGGCCGGGUCGCGGUUUGCAGAACCCGAGAAGCUGAAGCCCUACUGGCAGCGGAUCCGGGUGAUCACCCCUGCCCCCAACCUGCGCGGGACCGGGUUCAAGCAGUACUUCAAGCGCCUGUUCCACACGCUCAAGGUCUUCACCUUCCCGGCCGUGUGGUACGCGGGCCUGCAGUGGGGCGCCCAGAGCGCCUGGCUGACCUUCUACCUGACCGUCGAGCAGGACACGUGGUACGAGGCCCCCUGGUACUACACGGACGGCGAGGUGGGCAACAUGAACAUCCCGACGCUCAUCGGGGCCGUGAUAGGGUGUUUUAUCGCGGGCUGGGGCAGCGACUGGUUCACGCUGUGGCUGACGCGGCGCCGCGGCGGGAUCAUGGAGGCCGAGUCGCGCCUGUGGCUCAUGAUCCUGCCGACCGUCGUGUUCCCGACGGGCAUGUUCCUCUUCGGCAUCGGGUCGGGGCGCGGGUGGGACUGGCCCGUCCCUUAUGUCGGGCUGGGCUUCAUCGGGUUCGGCUACGGCUGCGCGGGGGACCUGUCGAUGGCGUACCUCGUCGACGCGUACCCGGAGAUGGUCCUCGAGGGCAUGGUGGGCGUGGCGGUCAUCAACAACACCAUCGGGUGCAUCUUUAGCUUUGUCACGAGCCCCUGGAUGGACGGCAGCGGGGUCGAGAACACCUUCAUCGCCGCCGGCGUGCUGGCGUUUGCGGCGCUGGCUACCAGCUUGCCCAUGGCGCUGUUUGGGAAGGCUGCGCGGAGGAGCACGCGGGAGAGGUAUAACCAGUUUGUUGCUGGGCGUGAUGGGUUGGAGAGCUGA